AUGAACCUUCCUCGCCGGAGGGGGAAACGGCGGCGUUCAGCAUCCGGCUCAGACUCCUUCUCGCGAAGCGGCGGCGAUGGCGGCGACGGCGCCCAGCUCCCCGCAGGUUCCGUACUGAGCCCGCCGCUGGGCUUGGGCCCCGGCCGCCGGUGGGCUGCGGCGGCAGGGUCAUGCGAACAGACACUUCCUGAGGACCAGAUAGACAAGCUGCUAUUAGCAAAUUGGGGACUUCCUCAAACAGUGCUGGAGAAAUACCACAGUUUUGGUGUAAAAAAGAUGUUUGAAUGGCAAGCAGAGUGUCUUUUGCUUGGACAGGUCCUGGAAGGGAAGAAUUUAGUCUAUUCAGCACCCACAAGUGCUGGGAAGACUCUUGUUGCUGAAUUACUUAUUUUGAAACGGGUCUUGGAAAUGAGGAAGAAAGCAUUGUUUAUUUUGCCUUUUGUCUCCGUGGCUAAGGAGAAGAAAUACUAUCUCCAGAGCUUGUUUCAGGAAGUAGGAGUAAAAGUAGAUGGUUAUAUGGGCAGUACCUCUCCACCAGGGCCUUUCUCUUCCCUGGAUGUUGCUGUCUGCACAAUUGAGAGAGCCAAUGGUCUCAUCAAUCGCCUCAUAGGGGAAAAUAAGAUGGAUCUUUUAGGAAUAGUGGUUGUGGAUGAAUUACAUAUGCUGGGAGACUCACACCGGGGGUACCUGCUGGAACUUCUGCUGACCAAGAUUUGCUACAUUACUCACAAAUCAGUAUACUGCCAGGUAGGUUUAGCCACCCCUCGGUCUAAUGCUGUGCAGAUUGUUGGCAUGAGUGCUACUCUUCCGAACUUGGGACUCGUGGCUUCCUGGUUGAAUGCUGAACUCUAUCACACUGACUUUCGCCCUGUGCCACUUACGGAAUCAGUGAAAAUUGGAAAUUCCAUAUAUGACUCUUCAAUGAAGCUUGUGAGAGAAUUCCAACCCACGAUACAAGUGAAGGGAGAUGAGGACCAUAUUGUUAGUUUGUGCUAUGAGACUGUUCAUAAUAGUCAUUCAGUAUUACUUUUCUGCCCAUCAAAGAAAUGGUGUGAGAAGCUGUCAGAUAUCAUUGCCCGGGAGUUUUAUAAUCUACAUCAUCAAGCUGAAGGAGUGGUAAAACCACCUGGACUUCCGCCAGUGAUUCUGGACCAAAAGGGCCUCCUGGAAGUCAUGGAUCAGUUAAAACGUUUGCCUUCAGGACUGGACUCUGUAUUAAAGAAAACAGUACCCUGGGGAGUAGCAUUUCAUCAUGCAGGUCUUACUUUUGAAGAGAGGGACAUCAUUGAAGGAGCCUUUCGUCAGGGUCUCAUUCGAGUCUUGGCAGCCACUUCUACUCUUUCAUCUGGAGUGAAUUUGCCAGCACGUCGUGUGAUCAUUAGGACUCCCGUGUUCAGUGGUCGACCUCUAGAUAUUCUUACUUACAAGCAGAUGGUUGGUCGUGCUGGGAGGAAAGGAGUGGACACAGUAGGUGAGAGUAUCUUAGUUUGUAAGGACUCUGAGAAAUCAAAAGGCAUAGCUCUACUUCAAGGAUCUCUAAAACCUGUUCGCAGCUGUCUACGAAGACGUGAAGGAGAGGAAGUAACUGCCAGCAUGAUAAGAGCGAUUCUGGAGAUAAUAGUUGGUGGAGUAGCAAGUACGUCACAAGAUAUGCAAACUUAUGCUUCUUGCACAUUUUUGGCUGCAAGUCUGAAAGGAGGGAAGCAGGAGACUCUGAGAAAUCAAGACUCUGCUCAGCUGGGAGCGAUUGAGGCAUGUGUGGGGUGGCUGCUAGAGAAUGAAUUCAUCCAAAUCACCGAAGUUGGUGAUGGAACUGAAGGAAGAGUGUUUCAUCCAACACACCUGGGUUCAGCGACUCUUUCCUCUUCACUUUCUCCAAUGGAUACUUUAGAUAUUUUUGCUGACCUCCAAAGAGCAAUGAAAGGAUUUGUUUUAGAAAAUGACUUGCAUAUCGUCUAUCUGGUUACACCAGUGUUUGUGGAUUUGACUACGAUUGAUUGGUACCGAUUUUUUUGUUUGUGGGAAAAGUUGCCAAAUUCAAUGAAACGGGUAGCAGAGCUAGUCGGAGUUGAAGAAGGGUUCUUGGCUCGCUGUGUGAAAGGAAAGGUAGUAGCCAGAACGGAGAGGCAGCACCGGCAGAUGGCCAUCCAUAAGAGGUUUUUCACUAGUCUUGUGUUGUUGGAUUUAAUCAGUGAAGUGCCCUUAAAGGAAAUCAGUCAGAAGUAUGGAUGCAGUCGUGGGCAAAUUCAGGCUUUGCAACAAUCAGCUGCUGUGUACGCAGGUAUGAUUACAGUAUUUUGCAACCGCCUGGGAUGGCACAACAUGGAAGUACUCCUGUCCCAAUUUCAGAAGCGUCUUACUUUUGGCAUCCAGCGGGAGCUCUGUGACCUGAUCCGAGUGUCCUUACUGAAUGCACAGCGAGCCAGGUUCCUUUAUACAUCUGGCUUUCUUACAGUGGCGGAUCUUGCCAGAGCGAAUAUUGCUGAGCUGGAGGCUGUUCUGAAAAAUGCUGUACCUUUCAAAAGUACCCGAAAGGCUGUGGAUGAGGAAGAGGAAGCCGUUGAAGAACGACGUAAUAUGCGGACGAUUUGGGUUGCUGGCAGAAGAGGCUUAACUGAAAGAGAAGCAGCAGCCCUGAUCGUGGAAGAAGCCAAAAUGAUUCUGCAGGAGGACUUAGCUGAAAUGGGAGUGCAGUGGGAUCCACAUUCUCUGUUAAAUUCUGAUAUGCAUUCAUUGACCAGCAGUGAGUCAGAAGGAGGGGAAAACACGAUUUUUACACGUAUUAAGAAUUUUUGUAAGACAUCAGCAUCAAAGAACAAAAGGAACACAGUAACAAUGAGUGAUUCUUCUUUUGAGCAUUCCCCAAAUACAGUGCAAGAUUUAGACCAAAAUGGAGAGCCAACAAGUUCCCCAAACAGGCUCCAGAAUGGGCAUCAAGAAGGCCAUGCAUGUUCAAUUUCCAGAGCAAGAAAGCGGCCUUUUUUGAACAUUAGUAGAGAGCCAGUAGCCGCCUCUCUCAAAGAGGAAGAAAUAAGCACUAAGAAACAUGCUCAGACUUUGUCAUCUGAUAAGACAGAAAAAGAAACUCUGAAUUUCAGUUCAGAACAGUUGUGCACAACCUUUCAAUCUUGGAAACACAGUAAACAUCUGAAGCAAUUGAGAGCUGAGAGGUCUUUGAAAGAUUCUGGGAUAGGUCGAGGUGGUUCAGAAGAGCCAACCAUGCCUGAUCCUAUUCAUUGUGAAGAUCCAUUAAUCUUAGAUGAAGAAAACAAGAAAUUUAGAAGUCCAGGGUCUUUUGCUAAAAACAACUAUACUGAGGAAAAAUUUAACAAAACCUCAUUCCCAUCAAACGCAGAGCAACGCUGUUCAAGGCGUGGAAGAGCAACUAGCAAUACACAUGCGGAAUAUUUUCUCACAGGCGCUCUAAGUAAAAAGGUGACUUGCCCAGCUACUAGAGUGGUUAGUGAAAAUGGAAGAUUAGUUGUUACAGAAAGUAUAAAUGAUGUGCUGAUACAAAAUGAUUCGAAAAAGAAUGUUUAUGUGAAACACUGUGACACUCAUCCAAUUAACGGGUGCCCUGCAAAGCACUCUGAUACAAAGCAGAGGAAAAUAACAGAUGGACAAAUAGCCCAUGAAGUAGUCAGUAACCACAAGAGUGAAGACUCAAAUGUUGCUAAUAUCGCACAUGAAAAGACAAACCCCGAUGAAAAGAACUCAGAUAAUUUUCAGGCAUUAGGAGCUAAUAUAAACCCUGCGAUACCCAGCAGAAUACUUUUAUCAUCUGGAACAUUUGGUAAAUUUGGAGACCAGCAUGAGAACUUUCUAAAUACCUCUCGAAAACAAGAAAAAACAGAUGUUUUUGUAGCAAACAAAACUAAAAGUAAUGUUUCUGACUUUGGUCUAUCCCUUUGUGGUUUUGAAGACAGUUUAUACCUGGAUACUCAAGCAGAGAGAAUAAUACAGCAGAUGGCAGCUGAGCAUGCCAAUCCAGACGGAACAGAGGACGCCGCCAGAAGGGCAGCAGGGCUGAGGCAGAGGGACUUAGACAACAGCAGCUCAGCAAGCUCUUUUCAGAAUGAAAUUCUCAUGAUUUGCCCCAAUGAGCGGCUUUCUGUGGGAGUGACAAAUACAGGUCAUUUGGCACAUAAGAAUGCAGAGAAGAGUAAACAAAGUACUGGUUCACCUGGGCUUGACAGGUUGUCUCCUCAAAGUCUAGAUUUUCAUUCUCCAAUACUGGUGGAGGACAAUGGGCCUGGCUUUAAAUUGAUUGAAAAGGGGAAUGAACUUUCUGUUACUGACUCCCAAUUAAAUAGUUUUCUUCAAGGCUAUCAAACUCAAGAAACUGUGAAGUCCGCCAUACCUCUGGUUCCUCAACAGAGCACUCCCACUGAUAUUAAAGGAGAAUGCCUGCCCGUUUUUGAAACCAGUCUGAAUAUGAGUGAUGCUUCACUGUUUGAUAGCUUCAGUGAUGAUUACAUAGCAAACAAGCAACCACCUGACCGCCAAGUGAAAGAACUUCCUUCUGAGGUUACGUCACAGCAUUUCAAUGAUUCUUUGUGCCCACAACCGGAGAGCCUACUUCAGAAAUCACAAGUGGAUGAGAAUCAAGAUAAUCAGCAGCCAUUGAUUUGUUUCAGUGAUGAGUCUCUUUUGUUUUCAGAACUUGAUUCUGUUCCGAUGGUUGAGCCCUUGGACAAUGUAGGCAUAUGUUCUGUUCAAGAGAAACAUAAUGUUGCAGUAUCUCUUGAAGUAGAACAAUGCGAUCCAGGGAUUUCAGGUAAUGGUCACUGUGGUGCUGCAGUAAUUGGAGGAGAUCAAGGUGAAAGGGAUCGGCAAACCAGGUUAACUGGGACAGUACAAAAUAAUUCACUCAUCUGGUCAGGGGAAUCAUUUGAGCUAAGUCCAGGACUGCAAAGGAUUUUAGAUAAGGUGUCCACUCCUCCAGAAAAUGAAAAUCUCAUAUUAAGGACCAUGACCAUGACCCUACCUAAUUUGAAAGGAAACAACGUAGAGUUGAAUGACAAACAAGAAGCAAUUUCAAAUUUGGAGACAAAUCAAAUGAGGGCAAUUUCAUUUUCUCAUAAUGAAAUAGAAAGCAAGAUUGAGGCACCUGCAAACAAUGGAGAAGCAUCACCCCUCUUGUCUUAUAAAGAAAGCUGUGCGGCUGACGAUAAUGGCCUCAUCCCCCCCACUCCUACUCCAGCGUCAGCUUCUAAGCCGACAUUUGCAGGAAUUGUUGGGACAUCUCUAAGAUCUCAAAAAAACAGUAGUGUUUUACAACCUGGUGAAAGAUAUUCAUUUGGUUCACCCUCAGAUAUGGAAAACCAUGAUUUUAAACCAGAGAAUAGGAAUGGUUUCAAAGAAGACAGCCUUAUUAGAGACACGAGUUUCUCACUGCAGUUAUCACAGGAUGAAGCCCAAUUAACUCCAGCUUCAAGCACAGCAGAAAGCUUGACCAUAAUUGAUGUUGCCAGUGACCAAGCCCUCUUUCAAACGUUCAUUAAGGAGUGGCAGUGCAAAAAGCGAUUUUCUCUCUCACUGGCUUGUGAAAAAAUCAGCGGCUUGACAUCUUCUAAAACUAGUACUAUUGGUGGUAGAUUUAAGCAUGUUAGUACCCCUCAGGAAACUCCUGUUAGAGAUGAUGGAUUUCCUGUUAAAGAUUAUGAUGAUGUGUUGGUGGUUGGACUGGCAGUCUGCUGGGGUGGAAGCGAUGCCUAUUAUUUUUCAUUACAGAAGGAGCAAACUCAUUCUGAAAUCAGCGCAAGUUUGGCACCACCUUCUCUGGAUCCCAGCCUGACUGUGAAACACAGGAUGUGGCACCUUCAGUCCUGCUUGCAAAAGGAUUCUGAUAAGGAGCAUUCUGUCAUCAUCUAUGAUUUCAUCGAGAGCUUUAAAAUUCUUCUUCUGUCUUGUGGCAUUGCCCUGGAACAAAGUUAUGAAGAUCCAAAGGUAGCCUGCUGGUUAUUAGACCCAGAUUCUAAGGAGCCGACUCUUCACAGCAUCGUUACCAGCUUUCUUCCUCAAGGGCUUCCUCUCCUGGAAGGGAUGGAGACUGGGGAAGGAUUUCAGAGCCUGGGGCUGAAUGUCAACACUCCUCACUCUGGAAGAUUCCGAGCAUCUGUAGAAUCCAUCCUCAUCUUCAACUCGAUGAUUCAACUUGAUUCCUUGUUGCAGAAGGAAAAUCUUCGAGAUGCUUUCUAUAAAGUGGAAAUGCCUUCUCAGUACUGUUUGGCCUUGCUUGAACUAAACGGAAUCGGCUUCAGUGCUGCAGAAUGUGAAAGUCAGAAGCACAUAAUGCAAGCCAAACUGGAUGCAAUCGAGACGCAGGCCUAUCAAGUUGCCGGCCACAGUUUUUCCUUCACCAGUUCAGAUGACAUUGCUGAGGUAUUAUUUUUGGAAUUGAAGUUGCCACCCAAUGGAGAGAGAAAAAACCAGGGCAGCAAGAAAACUUUGGGGUCGACCAGAAGAGGGCCUGACAACGGGCACCACCCAAAGCUGGGAAGACAGUUCAGCACCAGUAAGGAUGUUUUAAAUAAAUUAAAGGCCCUGCAUCCUUUACCAGGCUUGAUAUUAGAGUGGAGAAGAAUCAGCAAUGCUAUCACCAAAGUGGUCUUUCCCCUGCAGAGGGCAAAGCGUCUGAAUCCUUUUCUUGGAAUGGAGAGAAUUUAUCCGGUAUCACAGUCUCACACAGCUACAGGAAGAAUAACGUUCACAGAUCCCAAUAUUCAGAAUGUACCCAAAGAUUUUGAAAUCAAAAUGCCAAUGCUGGUUGAGGAAAGCCCACCUUCCCAAGCCUUAGGCAAGGACCUACUUCCUGUAGGAAGAGGCAGGAAAAGAAAGAGCCAUGGCCUGAAGCUCGGGCACCGGGCACAGCUGGGGGAGCAAGCCUCGGACCGGGGAAUGCCAUUUUCCAUUAGCAUGCGGCAUGCGUUUGUGCCUCUCCCAGGUGGUGUAAUGCUGGCUGCUGAUUACUCACAGCUUGAACUGAGGAUCUUGGCUCAUUUAUCGCGUGAUCACCAUCUCAUUCACGCCUUAAACACUGGAGCUGAUGUGUUCAGGAGCAUCGCAGCAGAGUGGAAAAUGAUUGCGCCCCAGUCUGUUGGAGACGAUCUACGCCAACAAGCAAAGCAGAUUUGCUAUGGAAUCAUUUAUGGAAUGGGCGCUAAAUCACUGGGAGAGCAGAUGGGCAUUAAGGAAAAUGAGGCUGCUUGUUAUAUUGACUCCUUCAAGUCCAGAUACACAGGGAUUAAUAAUUUCAUGAAAGAGACAGUGAAGGAUUGUAGAAGAGAUGGGUUUGUCCGGACCAUUUUGGGAAGGCAUAGAUAUUUGCCAGGAAUCAACGAUAACAAUCCCUACCAUAAAGCUCAUGCAGAGCGCCAGGCUAUCAACACAACAGUCCAAGGAUCAGCAGCAGACAUUGUUAAAAUCGCCACAGUUAACAUUCAGAAGCAAUUGGAGACCUUCCACUCAACCUUCAAAUCCCACGGACACCGGGAAGGCAUGCUUCAAAGUGAUAGAAGAGGGCUGUUACCAAAGAGAAGACUGCAAGGGAUGUUCUGCCCGAUCCGCGGAGGCUUCUUCAUCCUUCAGCUCCACGAUGAACUCUUAUACGAAGUGGCAGAAGAGGAUGUGGUUCAGGUAGCUCAGAUUGUCAAGACUGAAAUGGAAAAUGCUGUAAAACUUUCUGUGCAGCUGAGGGUGAAGGUGAAAAUAGGUGCCAGCUGGGGGGAGCUGAAGGACUUCGAUGUAUGAUGGCGCCCGGAGUCGGUCUGCACAGGGAAGCCGCAAGAUCCCGUCCCGCGUGAAGAAUCGAGUUUGCCCUGUCGUGUACUUUGUGAAAACUGAAACCAUCAAGUCUGGAUAGAUUUGGGUUAUGAAUUUAAAAGGGAGGCUUUCAAAAUGAAUCUGAGGGUUCACUUUUGGUAGUGUAAAAAACCAUUAGCACAACUAUUUUUUUAAGUGUCAAAAUAAGCAAGGUUAUUGAUUGUACUCACUCUGAAAGAGCAUUUAUGAAAUUACCUUUUCCUGUUUACUGGGGCUUUAAGCCAGUUCAGAAAACAAGCUUGAAAUAUGCACUUAGCACUUUGGGUCUUUGUCCGGGUUGAGCGUGAAGAAAGCAGAGCUGCUGCCCGGCAUCUCUGGCCCAUCUCCCACGUCACCAGGCCCCCAGGCCCUGAGCUCUAGGGCCGCGGGAGCUCUGGGCAGCAAGGACGCAGGCCUUUGGUGAUUUUUCUCUGAGCGUCUGCUGGAGUAGUAGGUUAAAACCGUGUCAGAAAAUGUAUUAUGCAUUCUGUGAAUGGUAAGGUUUGAUGUGGAUUGUGUCUCAGAGUGAAUGUUGUUUCUUUUUACCUUUCUGUCCAUCGGUCCUACUGUGAAAGCAUUUGGGACACUUACAUAGUAUAAAAUACACUAGACCUCUUCAAGAGGCAGCUGUUUCUUUCAGAACAGAUGUUUUCAUUGUAAUUUAAUAAAAAUGCAGCCAGAAAGGGUACCCCUUGUCAGUCCUUCACACACCUCUCUCUGUCUCUCUCUUGUGUUCGUGGCAUGAAGAGAGUAACCAGGAUGAGAAGACUGUACUUUGUAAACCCACUCAAAGUGGAGAAUUGACCUUUCUGCUAUUGAAAUAAAAUGAAUUUCUGAGAAGCUUUA